AUGGACCGCUCCUCGGUUGCAUCCGAGACGGAGUCCGAGGGCCUGCCAGCAGAAGACGGACCGCGACCGGGAUCAUCGCCGGGGUCCGCACAUGCAGAGGGAGCGCAGGUGCCGCCCAGGGGUCCAUCCUCGCCGGCGCCCCCUAGUGGCCCCGCCGGCUCUGGACAACCAGGUGGUUUUCCUGCUGCAGCUUUGUCUGCCGGACAUCUCCCUUCUUCCGAGGUUCAGCGCAUCAUGCGUGACAGGCAGGGUUCAGGACUUUUGGUGCGGCAUUUGGCUGCGAAUCCCCAAGACAAGGAGUUGGUGCUUCAGUUGGUGAUGCCCCGGCUUGUCCGGCUGGCAUGCCACGAACAAGCUUCGCUGGUGCUCACGCGGAUACUCGAGGAGGGUGUCAAAGAAACGAUGCUUGUCGAAAUGGCGAGCCGCUGUGACAAGUCGGUGCCAAAGCUGGCGCGGGACAAGUUCGGUUGCCGAAUUCUGCAGCAGAUCUUUGAGGUGUCGCCACGGGAAGUCCAGCGCCAGCUGGCGCAGGAACUCUCAGGCGAAGUACUGGCCUGCAGCCCCUUGGGUCGCACUUUGCACUUGGCCGAGAUGACAACUUGGCGCUUACCUCACAAGGCCUUGGCUAGCAUGAACUUAUGA